AUGAACACCACCACCACCACCACCACAACACAACCCUCCGCCUCCACCCUCCCCCAACCCGACAUCUACACAGCAAUAUCCCUCCUCUCCAUCUCCACCUUCACCUGUCUCCUCCUCAUAUCCAACACCCUCCUGCUCUACUUCUCCCUCCCCCUAAUAACAAUCCACCAAAAACCCGCCUACUACCACCUGAAAACCCAACGGAUCCUCCUCUGUGGCAUAAUCGCCACCAUCCUCCUCUUCCAACUCCCCCACGUUAUCGUCGCCCCCGCAGCAGCCACCCUAUACAAGAACGGCCACUGGUCGCACGCCGUCACAAUCCUCGAGCGCAUCUCAGUGACAGCGUACUGCGGGAGGGAGAUACUUCUCCUGGGGUGUUAUGCGUGGGGUGUGGUGAGGUAUCUUCGGCCAGUUAUACACGACCAUUACCAGCAGUACUACUACCAGUAUCAACCCCAUACGGGACAUGGGAAGGGGACACAGCUCCUCUACACCCUCCUAAUGGCCGGCUGCGUCUCGCUCAUCCUCAACAUAGCCAACAUCGUGGCCGUGUAUGUGGUUCACACCGCCGCGGCGAUGGCUUUCUUCCCCUUGGUGGUUAGUACGAAGGUGCUGGUUGAGGGGGUUGCGGUGGGGAGGCUUGUGGGUUUUGUUGAUACUCCUCUUCAAUACUAUCAGCAGAAUAGUAGUAUAUAUUCGGUUACUGGGUGUGGGAGUCAGUCGAGGAGGGGGAGUGCGCAGCCGCUUAUUAUGCAGAGGGGGUCUGUGGCGAUGAUGUCGGGGGGGUUGGGGAGUAGCGUUGGGAUUGGUGAGGGUAAGGAUGGUGGUAGUGGGGGUAGUGGUAGUGAAGGGGAAGGAAGUCCCGGGGGUACUUGGGGGAGGGAAAAGGAGCAGUGGUGGUAUAGGAGCAGGAUGGGAUCUGUUGAUACGGUGGUGUCUGUGGCGGAGCCGCCGGUGGCUCAUUCGGCGGAGCAUUUGGUGCAGGAGGUGGUGGUGGAUUUAGAGGGUGGUGCUGGUGUUGGCGUUAGUCGGCGGACGUCGGUUGUAUAA